AUGAAAUCCAUAAAAGACUGUGAUGUAGGGGAGCAUUUCGGCAAUACUUUGGAAGAAAUCCGUAACAAAGUGCUGUUUCAAGCAGUGGGAGAAAUGCUUGACACAGGAAUGGAGUUUUGCCAGUCACACAAGCAGUAUGUGAAAUCUGUACUUGAUACAUGCUCAAAGAAGUGCAAAGAAGACGAAACCAUAUUUGAAACCAUUGAAGCAUAUAAGAAGGAUCUGGAUCAAAAGAGCGCCCUUCUGAAAGAGAAGAGAUUUGAUUUACCAGAGAUAAUGUCUGACAUUAAAGAGAAAGAUUCUUUCAAACAGGAUCUGAUCCAGAAGAUUGAGAAGCUGAAGGCAGAACAAGCGAAGAACAGAGAAUUGAUCCUGUCUCAAAACAAAGCCAACAAAGACAGGUUGAAAAACCUGAACAAGGUGAAGCAGGUGUUUCAGGAUCGAUUACGUUUGGAAAUCCGCAAAAUUCAAGGUGAGAAGCUCCAGUUUGUCUUCAGGAACAUCAGUCAUAAGAAUCCAGACAGCGCCUACACCUUUACUUUGAGGAUAAACGACGAGGGAGCGUACCAGAUUGUUGCAUGUGAUCCACCUUUGGAGCAGAUGUCCUACUUUGAACAACGGCUGCAACAGACCAACAAUUUCUCUGCAUUCCUUGCUAAUGUUAGGAAAGCUUUUGUGGCUUUGCAGUGA